ACGCCAUCUAGUAUUAGUAUAUUAAGUACGUAUCUAGUUACUAUGACGAUGAAUGGGAUACAAAUGUGGAAAUUAAUAAAAAUAUGCAGUGAUAUACAAAUAUAUGUAUGCAUAUUUUGUUUAAGUAAAUUUGUGAUAUUAUUACUGUGCGAAGUUGGUUAAUUUAUUCGCUAAUUUAAAUAUUUUGAUUAGUUUCGAAUGAAUGAUUUUAUAAACUAUAUCUUAAACUACAAAAAAAGAAAAAGCAAUGGCCAGUGUUAAUACUAGUAUUGAACAAGAGAGAAAAAAGCAUAGUCACAGAAGAGCAACAAGUGUUAAAAGCAAUCAAGAUACAACUUUUAUACCGGUAUAUCGUCGCAGACAUAUUUCAAAGACAAAACAUACGCUUAAAGCACAUAAGAAUCUAUCAGAUCUAUGCAUAACUGAUAAUGAUAAUGAUAUGAAAAGUCAUGAGGAUGAAGUACUUUCGAGAAGAAAAAGUAAAAUAUAUGAACAUGAAAGAAGUAAAAAAUUAAUCGAAGAGAAUGAUUCUCAAAAAACAUCGUUUGACAAGGAUGAUGCAGAUUCUGGUAUUAUUUUAUCGAGAUUAAAAGAUAAGUAUGUUUCAAAGAAAACAUUGAAAGUAAUUAAUGAAUAUCAUAAAUUGGAAAAAUGUUAUAAAAACAUUCAAGAAGAAUGCCAAAAAUUAAAUAAUAUUUUGGAGCAAAGGGAAUUGGAAUAUAAGAAAUUAUGUUUACAUUAUGAAGCAUUGAUACAGAUGGUUCAAGAAUUAGAAGAAGCAAAAAUUAAUUUACUUAAACAAAAUAAACAACUUGAAACAGAAAAGAUUCAAUCGAAUGAAGAUAUUACGCUUUUAAAAACAAUUGUAUAUCAGUUAAAUGCUGAAUUAGAAAGAUACCAAGACAAAUUAGGAGACCGAAAACAUGAAAAUGUUUCUGCAUCUAAUAACUGUAACAAUGAAAAGAAAUAUGAUUCGAGAAUUUGGGGAAAUAUCAAUUUUCAUGCAUUAGGUCCACUUUUAAAUGCUUAUCAAGAAAAUUUAUUAGAAAAACAAGAACUUAUAUAUAUGUAUGAACAAGAAAUGGCUGAUUUUAGUAAUAGAUGUAAACAAAUUCUUACAGAAAAUGAAAUUAUGCAUAAAGAAGUAGAAGAAUUGAAAUCAGAGUGUGACAGGUACACAAAGGAAAUACAAAAAAUGAUUGAAAAUACCGCGUUGCUAAAGAAGCAGAAUGAUAUUCUAAAAAAGGAAACUUUAAAUAUAAAAAGAGAAACUAAUGAUAUUCGUUCGUCAUAUGAAUCAAAAAUAGAAGUGAUUUUAAAAUGCAAUGAAGCUCUAAAAAAGGAGCAUACAAUAACAGUAUCAGAAUUGAGCAAUUUACGAGGGAAAUAUGAAAUUUUAAGUAAAGAAUUUGAAGAAAUGAGGAAUAAAGAACAACAAACAGUGCCUACUACUGUUCAUGUUACUGCUAUUGAAGAAUGUAAAAUAUUAUUGGAUGAAUUAAAAUAUCAAUAUGAAAAUGAAAAACGUGAUCUUUGUAAUCAUAUAAAACAUAUUGAGGAAAUUCAACCUGAAAAUGAGAAAAAACUUAUAAUGGUUAUAGCCGAAAGAAAUCAUUUGAAAGGACUUGUUAAUAAUCUUGAAACAACUUUAAAACGAACGCAACGUAAAAGUGAACAAAUGCAAACUCUUGUUUAUUCGACUCGUGUUUCACGUAAUUCUUUGAAAGAGAAAUUAAAUAAAGUAACUGCUUACUGCGAAGAAUUAUUUUCGGAGUAUGAAAGAAUUGUUUCAGAAAGAGAAAAAUUACUCUCUUUUUUACGUGAAACGGAAAAAGAAAAUGCAAAUAUGGAUCGUCUUGGUAAAAGUAUUACUAGUCGAGUGGAAGGUUUAAAAAAUCAAUUAGAAAUUGUUCGAAAAGGUACGAAACAACAGGUAGAUUCUGUAGAAAAACGUAUAAAAUUACAAGAACUUCAUGUACGUCGAAUGAAACACGAUUAUCAACGUAAAAUACAACAUUUAAACGAUGUAAUUAAAGAACAGGAAGACAUUAUUAAAAAAUUACAGAAAGGAAAAUAUUCUAGUCAAGAUACGUUAACAAGACGAGUACUUCAGGCAACAGAUGAGCCAAACAAUUAUAGUACUGGACCAAAAAAUUCGUGAAUUAAGUUCGUAAAAUAUUGCAAUAUUAUUAAACUCAUAUUACGAUCAUCCAUAAUAGAUUGGACUUUGAAAUUGAUUUUUAACCAAUCUCGUAAUAAGCAUCUAAUUAUGGAAUAGGUGCUACUCGAAACACCGUCCUCGUAUUUACCGACCGUGUCAGUCGCUUUAUUUAGCGGUGACAUCAAAUGAAGCAACAAAUGGCUACGAAGGCUACCGUAUGGACGCCACUGUAUGAACGACUGAUGGCAGUGGAGACUAAUAAUCAUACAGUGAAAAGUUGAUGUCAUCCGUUAUAGGUAUGAUGUCAGACGCGUUCCAUUCAUUCAUAUGUAAAAUAUACCUGUUUUAGCUUUAACCUUUUUUUUUUUAUAGAAUUUAAUAAUAAAUUAAAGAACAUCAAUAAUAUAUUGAUGUGUAUUGGUAUUAUAACAACCACCAAUACGAUAUAUAUAUAUUCAAAUAAUUAUUUCUUCAGGUGUA